UAUCAUCAAAUAUAUAGGUAAUGCCUUUCGGGUGCUCUGUGAGCAGGGAAAGUUUUUCCGCUCGAACCACACAGAUGUGUGGGAAUACGGGUGUUGCCGAACCCUACGCUCCCAUCUUCAACGUCAUCCUCAGCCCACUACUAGCAGGCCCAUGCGCAAAUCGGCCCGUUGGACACACAAGACACCUUCUUGAGUGCAUCAGAGAUUUCCUUGCUCAGCACCGUUGAUGAUGUUGCGUUCCAACACUCGUGGGCCAAGUUUGCCCGCGUACCGUUCUGAUGGCGAAUUGACAAAAAGUCCACGUUCACGGAAACGCUUGCUUGGCCUUUGGCUCUUCCGUUUGCGGCCACUGAUUAAAUAUCCAUUGUUGGUCAUUAUACUUGCAUUAUUAUGGUUUUUCUAUCGAUGGGAACUUCAUUUCGAAAUAUCGCUAAUUUCACGACCAUGGAUCCGUCAAGGAGUUACGAAAAUUGAGCCAUUGUUAGGGUGCUUCUCUCCAGAGCGCCUAAAUGCUGAUGGGAAUCAAUAUAACUUUACUCUCGCCCGCGCUCCAAAGACGUAUGAUGUCCAAAGUGGUCUUCAACUGCGCCAUAACAUGGACUGUUACAACCUUGCCGGAACCAUACCCUCUCCGCUUCCAUCUCCUCACGGCUCCCCUUCCCUCCCACGCUCAGAGCGGACAAAUUAUCAUACGUAUUGGCCAUCAGACCUUCUACCCUUCGAUGAGCGUCAUGAAUGGACGUUGAAAUCUUUCUUCGCCACCCAAAACAUACGUGAAUCUACACUGAUUAUAUGGACGGAUGACGCUUCGGUCUUAAUGACGCGUCCUCGAAUUGCCAUAUUCCUCGCCGCCUAUCCGGAAGCGUUCGAAGUCCGCACGGUGGAAGUCGAUACCCUAGCUCAUCGAACACCGUUGCACGGUUCGCCACUACUCAAGUCUAGCGAUCAGAAAACAUGGAUCGGUAGUGAUCUUCUCCGGUUGCUAGUCCUAUGGGCUCAUGGUGGAAUUUGGAUCGACAUGGACUCGCUCCUGACACGAGAUCUGAACCCGCUCUUGGAGCACGAGUUUGUCACCCAAUGGGAUUGUUACGAUAACAAAUACCAGCCCACAAACGGCGCCUUAAUGCAUUUCCACAAACAUUCGCCCUAUCUCUGCGAAGCUUUUCAUAUUAUGCACACUUGCUCUCCCCCAAAGCCCGGAUCUACAGACUGGGGAUCAUACCUCUACUCCAAACUUUGGCGACGACUUGUCGCUGCAUCCAUCCCGCCAUUCAAGAUUCUCCCUUUCUGUUUCUCUGACGGAUGCUCAUGUCGAAUGGACAAUCGAUUACCAGAUCCAUUCGCUCCAGACGGCAGGACAUGGGGAAACGGCCUCAGCCUGAAGGAAGGUGGCGAUUUGGAUAAGACGUUGAGAAAGGUAUUUGCUGUGCAUUUGCACAACCAAUGGGAGAAACCGUUCCCCGCUGAUGGUUGGGUGGAGCGGCUACUCCUUCGGCGAUACACUGGUGCCCUCAGAGAGCGCAACUAACUUAUCCAUUCUUCACUGCUGAUUAGUUUAUUGAUCAUCUUGCCUGU